AUGAAGACUACCGUUUUCUUUGCUUUGGUUCUUAUCUUUCUUUUUGCGCGCCCUGGAGGUGCGGUCCCAAUCGGUAGCGAAGACAAUUCUGGUAAUGCUGGUGAUGCUGGUGCUAUUGCCGGCGACGAAGCGUCACAUUGGGUUAAACGAGCUCCACCAGACCACCCGUGGAGAUUCGUUGGAGAUAGACAUCAGGGCGAUGGGAAUCUCCCUUCAGGAACAAGCGACGAUGAUCACCACCAGUUGCGAAUCCAUGAAGAGAGAGCUGAGAACAGCGGUACUAACCAACCGUUAGAAGUGCAAUUCGUUGAGGAGCGACCUCAGGGCCAUGGGCAGUUCAUUCCAGCACCAAUCGACAAUAAUAGAAACCAGUGGAGAUUCAGUCACGCGAGAUUUGGGGGCGGCAAUGGUACCCACAGGUUGCAAUACAUUGAAGGGUCACCUCAGGGCGGCGAUGAUGACAACCAGUUGCAAUUCGCCGAGUCUGAGCAUCAGGGCAAUGAGAACCUCCCUCAAGGAACAAGCGGCCAUGAUCUCGGCGAGUGGGAAUUCCACGAAGAGACACCUCAGAUUCCUCGUGUAAGACCGCAAAGACCACCUCAGAGUGAUCGUGAAAGACCAGGUCGAAUUCCGAAAGACCACGAGUGGAAGCAAGGUUGUGGGAUGGGAGCCUGUAUAGUAGAUGUCCGCUAUCCGUGGAAUAUCCCUAACGCAGAGUGUCACUGA